AUGGCGUAUAUCUUGGCUUUCUUCUUGGCGCUUUGCUUCUUGGCAUCUCUUUUCCCAACGCCGGGAGUUCGAGUCACUGACCCACCAGCUCUGAAAGUGGGAGACACUCGAGGAGAACUCAACGCCGAGCUCAAGAAACUUGACCAAGUGGUCAAUAUCUUGAGCUUAAGGCCAGAUACCUACCGUGGAUAUCUUUUGAAGGCAGAAGAUACCUGCAGUCUUCUCAAUGGGGCGGACCUCAGG